UUAUUUUCAUAAGGAUUUUGUGUACAACUUUUGACUGCUUCUUUGAGCUUGUGAAAGUUUAUUGCUUUACUUCAUAUUCCAUGAUAUUAAGUGUAAUUAUAUGCUAUGUGAGACAUUAGUGAGCUGAUCUAGAUCUGAUUUGUUGAUGUACAUUGUUUGACUGUGGACUCUCUCUCUUGUUCAUCUAGAGAUUUGUUGACUUGGGCUUACUCAGAAACCUCUAGUGAGGGUGAGAAGCUCAAGGUACACAAACAUGUUAUAGUGGAAAGGAUGAAUUGCUCACAGAAACUGCAAAUUUGAUAUAGUUUUUUGCCGUUUGUAAUUUUAUCUUCUGAGUUCAGAAACAGGGAAUUGGGUCAAAUUCUAAGUUAUAUAUCAAUGUGCAUUUCUUACUUUUCGUGUUUCCUGUAUUGCAGUGCCUUGUACUUUCGCCCCUGUUCUUUUAGUGCAGUCCGUUAGAUCUUUUAUUAAACAGCCUCUACCACUAUAAUGGGAAUUUGGAGAGUCUGUCACCAUACAAAAAGUACUAUUAAGUUUUUGGACAAAAUGGAACUUCCUGUGGUUUUCAUGCUACUGCUUCUGUGUUCUUCAGCAGCUUAUGCUCAAACUUCUAAAUCUCCCAUCUUAAGCCCUACUCCAGCCCCAGCACCUGCACCGGAACACGUGAACCUCACAGAUUUACUCACUGUGGCUGGCCCAUUCCACACCUUCCUUAACUACCUUGAGUCUACCAAAGUGCUUGAGACCUUUCAAGACCAAGCCAACAAGACUGAGGAAGGCAUAACUAUCUUUGUACCAACAGAUAGUGCCUUCUCAUCUCUUAAGAAGCCUUCUCUUUCCAAUCUCACAGCUGACCAGCUCAAGUCACUCAUCCUAUUCCAUGCCUUGCCGCAUUACUAUUCUUUAUCUGACUUCAAAAACCUCAGCCAAUCAAGCCCCAUACCUACAUUUGCUGGUGGACAGUACACUUUGAACUUCACUGAUGUUUCAGGCACCGUGCACCUUAGCUCAGGAUGGACAGACACAAAAGUGAGCAGCAGUGUGCUUUCCACUGAUCCGGUUGCAAUUUACCAAGUUAACAAGGUUCUUCUUCCUGAGGCAAUCUUUGGCACUGACAUACCUCCAACCCCAGCUCCUGCACCGGCUCCCGAAACUGCACCAGCUGCAGAUGCUCCAACAGCUGAUGGAACUAAUGGCUCAUCAUCUCCAGGAUCUUCACCAGGAAAAUCCUCUUCUUACAGGAUUAUCAGCUGGGGUAUUUGGGGUCACUUUGUUUUGGCAGUCUCAGCUGGGUUGGUCUUGUUCUUGUGAGACAGACUUCACCAUUGAAAUCCUUUUAAGUUAUGUUAAAAGGGCUUAUAUUCACUUAUUUUGUUCAAUUGCUUUGAUUUUGAAACCAUUUUUUGUGGACAUAUGUGGUUACUGAAUCUUUAUGUGUAUGAGAAUUUGAGUUCUGUUGUCUAAAUGAGUAAAUGGCAAUUUGUUUGAUCUAUUUUUAAUACAGCAAAAUGUUUGUACUGUAAUGUUAACUUAA